AUGUCUGACCAGGAAGCGAAACCUUCAACCAAGGACUUGGGGGAUAAGAAGAAAGAAUAUAUUAAGCUCAAAGUCAUCAGACAGGAUAGCAGUGAGAUUCACUUCAAAGUGAAAAUGAUGAUACAUCUCAAGAAACUUAAAGAAUCAGGCUGUCAAAGCCAAGAAGUUCCCAUGAAUUCACUCAGGUUUCUCCUUGAAGGUCAGAAAAUUGUUGAUAAUCACACUCCCAAAGAACUGGGAAUGGAAGAAAAAGACAUGAUCAAAAGUUAUCAGGAACAAACAGGGGGUCAUUCAAUGGUUUAG